GGCAUUUACUUUAACAUGCAUGUCACAUAAAUUAACUCUCUCUCAAGUUGUCAUCUGACACCAUGUCCGACGAAAACCCUACUUCGAGACUGAAACUUUUCGGUUUCCCGUUGCCGGAGUACCAAGAAGUUGCAGAUGAUCAGAAGGCGGAUCAGAAUUUUGAAGAACACAGAAAAUUCAUGUGUCAGUUUUGCCGGCGAGCUUUCGCCAACUCCCAAGCACUUGGGGGCCAUCAAAAUGCGCACAAGCGUGAGCGGCAAAGAGCGAGGCGUUCCCAGUUGCAGAGUGGCAGACACAUGGUUGCAGCCGCUCCGAUUCUCAGCGCGCACGCCGUCAGAUCAUCAGCACCCUCCAUUUAUUCAAGAGGCCGAUUCAUCAGCAAUGGUGCCGCCGGACAGUCGUCACAGUCAAAUGGUUACCCGUCACGGCCGGUUUUGAGUUCUUCGUCAUCGGGCUCUCGGUUUCCACCACGAAUUUUCGUGACAACUCCUAUGCAGUUUGCUGAUAGUACGCCACCGUUUGCUGAAUUCUCAGGUAAGUUUCCGGAUGGGGAGGUAGGUGUUGAUCUCCAUCUAAAAUUGUCUCCCUCUGGUUAAGGAUGGUAAUUUGGUUACAUUGAUUGAUGUAACAUUUUUUUUUUUAAGCAUAUAUAUGUAUUUGGAGUUUGAUUUUGAAGGAUGUAAGGUGGACAAGAUUGGUUUUAAACUCCAUUAUGAACAAACAAAUGUCUAUUCGGAUUUCAAGCCGUCAUGUUGAUUCUUCCUUCUUCAUAAUUGUAUCCUAGAAAUCUUAAAUGGACGUUAUUCAAUAUGAUGUGGCUAGCUUUGUGCA